AUGGAAAACGAGAGAAAGCCAGGAACAAGAGUGAAACCUGGACACCAGCUGGAUGGAAAGGUGACCUCAGUGACCUAUAUGUGGAAACAAACCAGUGGAAUGGGACCAAGUCAAAGUAACACGGAGAAUCGAGACAAGGGAACCGAGAACACAGGAGAGGAAGGCGGGCUGCACUCCUCCGUUCGCCGCAUGGAAAUCAGACCACCCCGCCGCUCUCUCUUCCCCCUCCUAGCUCCAAAAUGGCGCCAAUAUGCUUUAGAUUCAGUGCCCAUGGGUAUUGGCUACAAUAUUCCAUCUCUACACGACCCAGAGACACAGACAGGAUUUCAGCCGACCUCCUCUCAGUCUGGACAGUUUGGUGUCCAUCAGUUCAACGACCUCGCCCCACUGGAGCAGUUCCUUCUCCACAGUAGUCAGUCUGCAGAACAAGUUUUGGACCGUUUCAGCUCAAACCCGCACACCCAGGCAUUAAUUAAGCAAUCAGUGCCUUCCAGACCGGAUGUGUAUAAAUCCCACAAAGAGCCUCUUGCACCUGUCUCAUGGCUCCAGGAUGGAGGGGUCCUGUCCACGUUCCUGCCCUUCAGCGGCUAUGGAGCUCCCCCAGCUCAGGGGGGCAGCUGGGGGAAUGGAGAAGGCCGUUUUAUCAUUAUUAAGGCCCCCAACUACCUGGAGAUCUGCAAACCCAUUUACAGUUCACCUCUACCGCCCUGCGGGAAGGUGAACACCAAAGAGUGCGGCGUGCAGGUGAACGCGAUGGUGGACAAGGUGGUUCAGUGUUCUUUAGGUCCAAAAACGCUGCUCUACGUCGAACAUCCCGCCUCCUGCAGCAGCUGCACGACGCAUGACGAAAGCCUCGAUGUGACCAAAGCGGAGGGCGAGGCGUUGUUAGGCACGCCGCCUUUGGGCAACCAGCGUUUCCUCAGACCUGUGUCCAUCUACUCGCUUGUGUUUGACCGCAGGGUCUUCCUGAAGAGUCUCAGCGAUGGCGCUGGACAGGAUCCACUGGAAGCUUCUGGCCAAGCCAAGUCUGAUGCUGACACGGAUCACAGUGGCGAGAAUUUAGAAAACGGCUUCAAGACACCGAUUCCUCGAUCCUCCAAGAGCCCAAACUUUCAGUUCCUGGAACAGCGAUAUGGCUUCUUCCACUGUAAAAAGUGCAACAUCCGGUGGGAGAGUGCUUAUGUUUGGUGCAUCUCUGGCUCCUAUAAGGUGUACUACAAGCAGCUCUGCCGAAAGUGCCAGGUGGGGUUAAACCCGUACAGAGUGGAGUCUAUAGUCUGUAAGGGUUGCUCUCAGACUUGCUGCAGCUGUGAGAAGAAGCAGAGACGCAUCAACAUGAAGAGGCCUCAUCGUAAAGACCUGUGCUGUCGCUGUAAAGACAUGAGGCUGCCAUGCGACGCCACAUACAGCUUCAAAUAUAUCGUCUGAGCCGACUCCAUAGUGGUUGAAUUUCAUUGCAUGGCUUGGGGUUUUGCUCAAGUCUGUCACCGGAAGCCACCCCUUACUUGCCUGCAACAUGCUUUGACCAGCUGGAUUGUCUGACAAUCUCAAAUUGCUAGAGGGUUCACUCUGGGUGUAUGGGUUUCUGUAAAAUGCAAAGUUAAUAAAUUCUAAGUUGCACUUUGUAGAAAUGUGAAUGUUGGGGGGUGAGUCAAGAAUACUGGAAUAAAAGUUUCUACUGAA